AACGUUUCCUCUAGACUGGUAUUAAACAACUGCUAAUGCUAAUGUUAGCUAUGUAGCAAUAGCAAAAAAUGACAAAUAGCUCCUUUAAAAGACAUUUUAGUAUAUACAGGACAUAGAUCUAUUCCUUAUCCCAAACAAAUAUUCCAUUAUUGACCCGCAGAAACAUCCUAACAUGAUUUCUAUUUGAAAUACUAUUUUGAACUGUUCUUUAUUCUUUUGAAAAAAAAUCUCAUCUCAGUAAGGUUUGUCAACCUCACAGCUUUUGACCACUGUUUGCCUGUUUUAGAGCAAGUUAUAUUUUUUAACAUACAUCUUGUCUAAACAUAGCAGUGUGUCACAGACAUGUGUUCCUCUGUCUCUGUUGCACUUAUUUUGGUUUUGUUACCCCGCUGCACUUUCUCAGUCAUACAUUUUCCGUGUUGCUCAUGCUGAGAAUGAGGAAGUGAGCAGGGCUGCUGAAAGCCCCACCAAGAGCUUCACAGUCCUGGGUACUAUGAGAAGGGGAAGUGUGAGCAGCAGCAAAGUUCACAAAACACACGUUUGGAACAAGAGACGAACAAAUUACUCUUCUUAACAGGUCUGAUCAGAGGUGUUACACAAUGGCUCAGGGCUGCCUCAAGUGUUUAAAGUACACCAUGUGUGUCGCCAACUUCCUUUGCUUUAUGUGUGGUGCGGCCGUACUGGGCUUCGGUGUGUACAUGACCGUGAAUUUCAAGAUGGCCGCACUCACCCCGACCUUGGUCAGCUUCAACUUGGCCAACAUGCUGCUGAUCAGCGGCAUUGUCAUCACCUGUGUGUCCUUCCUAGGAUUCCUGGGCGCUCUGAAGGAGAACCGCUGUCUUCUCCUGACGUUUUUCCUGCUGCUGUUCAUGCUGAUGUUGGUGGAGCUGACUGUAGCGUGCUUGCUACUCAUGUACGAGAGAGAGAUUGGUCAAAUGGUGAAAGAGGAUCUCAACAACGGUUUAGAGAAAGCUAAAGGAACGGCUGGAAAUUCAACGACGGAGGUAUUGAACGAGUGGGAUCUGCUUCAGAGCCAGCUUGAGUGCUGUGGAGUCAAUAAUAAGACAGACUGGGGAAACAACGUGCCUGGAUCUUGCCGGGUGAAGCCAUCCGACCCAUCUAAGCCUCAAUACUGGAAAAAGGGUUGUUUGUUAAAAUUACAGACCUUCUUUGAAGAAAAUUUCCUACACACUGGGAUUUCUGUCAUCGUCCUCUGCAUUAUCGAGGUUUUGGGAAUGUGUUUCGCCAUGACGCUGUUUUGCCACAUCAGUAGAUCCGGACUGGGCUACAAGUUGUAGACCAGUGGUGGGCAAAUAGUGUCCUGUGGGGCAAAAAAGGCCCGCCAACUAAAGUAUGUGAUCACCUGAUGAAAGUUUUUCCUUUUGCAUCAAAACCGUUUCCUUAUUUUUCGGAAUUAUGUAAAUAACAGUGUACUGAUUAAAAAGCAAACAACCCAUCAAUUGUAUUUUAAGUUUCAUAGUGCAACAAAUAAUACAUUUAUGUAAAUUAGUGUUUUUUUGCCACAUGUUUUACAAAAGAAUUGAAGUAAGAAUUGAAUAUAAGGCUCCACCUCCACUGUGCCUGUAAAACUACAGAUGGGGGACAAGUUAAAGAAGCUAUGUCUAAGUUUUGCUUUUGAUACGUAGCUAACAUUAGCAUUAGAAGCUGUUUACUUACCAGUCUCACCAACUGCUUCAGUCAUUGUUGUGUUGACAAUACAAGAGGAUGCUAACGUUACCUAUGUAGCAAUAACGAAACGUACAUAUAGCUUCUUUAAAGGAAAAAAACUUGAAUGAAUGAGUGAAGUACAGAGCAUGAAGCUCCAGAUCUCAAUCCAAUUCAUGUCCUGUGGGAGAUUUUGGACCAACAUGUCGACAGCACUCUCCAUCACCGCCAUCAAAACACCAAAUGAGGGAAUCUAUUUCAGAAGAAUGAUGCUCAUCGCUCCAUUCUCGUUCUGAUAAUCUACACCAAGGAGCAUUGAAGAUGUUGUGGCAGCACAUGGUGGCCCAACAGCCGACUGCAGUGUUGGGUUGUUCCUUCACUUUGUCACCCGUCUUUAUAUUGAAGAAUACUGAAAAAAAACUUGGCCUACAAUCAAACCUGAUUGAUGACCAGCUAUAAACAAUAUGUCUUUUGUCUUUGUAUUUUUUUUUCGAGUUAAUGGUUGUACAGUUCUGUCCUUUAAAAAUCCUGUGCCUGAGAAUAUACGAGACUUUUCUGAAAGCUCAGAAUAUGAUUUUAUAAACACAGCAUUGACGGCAUCAUUUUGUUAUAUCAAUAUAUUCCACUUUUCACUUGCACUGGAAAAUGAAACUGAAAUGAAAUAUAUUACAAUGUCUGUUUUAAGUGAGGUAAAGCUAUGUGUAAUGCUAUUUCAGUCUCAGCUGUGUGAAAUGAAAGCAGUUUUGUAUGACUGGCUUGUUGCAAAGUUUCUCUUAAUAUCGCUGCACUGUAUAUUUUAUAUAAGGGAUUAAAGUUUGAAAAGCAUGUUUCUGCAAAAUGUAGGUAAAAUUCCUUCACAAAGUUCUCACUGACGACUUUUAGAAAUCCUGCAAUGGACCAAUAAAGUAGUUUAGUUUUAAAAUGG